AUGGAAACCUUAACGAGUUCUGCAGGCUCCAAGUUAACCUUUGACAAGCAGAGACACAGAUAUUUCUUUUCUUCGAAAGAAUUGUAUGUUAAUAAUAGACCCCAGCUUACGUUUUUACCUUCCAAAAAUCAUGUUAAUGGCCGCUUCUCGGAACUCUUAUCUCUCAGAAACAAGACUGUGCAGGCCAUCUCUUAUAUCCAGGCUGAUUCGCAGGGAGAAAUGGAGAAUGUGGCUCAGGAGGAACAUAUAUAUGAAUCCAAUACUGUUCAUGUCAAAUUCCAGAUACAGAAAGAAUGUCGAUUCGGCGAGCGGUUUUUUGUUGUGGGAGAUGAUCCUAUAUUUGGCUUAUGGGACCCCGAAAGUGCAAUUCCUCUGGAUUGGUCAGAAGAACAUGUUUGGAGUGUGGAGCUGGAUUUACCUGUGGGGAAAACAAUCCAGUUCAAGUUCAUGUUGAAAGAAGCCACCGGCGACAUUCUGUGGCAACCAGGCGCUGAUCGGACGAUUCAGACUUGGGAGACUAAGAAUACAAUCACCAUUCUGGAAGACUGGGACAACGCUGAAUAUCAGAAAAUAAUUGAGGAAGAACCAGCGGCUAAUCAAAAUGGAAAACUUGAUGUAGAAUCAGAAGUUAUAUUGGCAGAUGAAUUUAUUCAGCCAAAAAAGGAACUGGUCUUCGGCUUAGGCGACACAUUAGAUGCAGCUAAUACUGAUAUGGAUCGGUCGACAACACCGGACAAUCGCAGAGCCGCAACAGUCAACAAGAGUUCAGAUGAUGAAGGAAAUCUAAUCUCCCAUGAAGGAGAACCAGUCUUAGUAUCUGGCUUGACUCCAUUAGAAGCAGUGUCAACUGAAACAGACAUUCAAAAUGAAAAUCAGUCAGCUGAUGCUUCGCUUGUAAUGAAUGAAGCUCAGAACCAUAGUUUACCUGAGGUAACUGCUUGAUGAGUGUGAUGUUCUGUCGUUCGAUUAUCUUUUAUCCGUCUUCAUUUCUUCUACUGCAUUCACCAGCUGCAAGCAAUAAUGUUCCAGUUUCCUUUACCCACAUCUUUGGAAAAAAGGCUCUUUCAUUUUGUCAAUGUUGAAAGGCUGAAUCUUAAUAUCAUUGUUCGAAACAAGAUAGCAGUGAUAGAUGCAUUUUCUAUGUACUAAAUUCUACCAGCAGUAAUCAAAGAAGCUCAAUUGUUUACUUGUUCA